AUGUGCCAAUCGGGGCCAACGUCGCGACCUGGAACCUCGUCAAUAGGGUGGUGCGUAAAUUUCUACUAUCAUAACGUGGUAGUGGCCUGUCUUCCGGCUGGUGUCUACGGGACAAUAUCUGCUUCCACCGUGGUGUCACACACAGUCUCUACCUUCCCAAAUAUCCGCUUUGGAUUAAUGGUCGGCAUUGGAGGGGGAGUUCCCCACAGUGUGGAUAUUCGGGUAGGUGAUAUUGUAGUUAGUAAACCACCUGCCACCUUAAGCGGUGUUAUCCAGUAUGACUAUGGCAAAACACUUCGCGAUGGAAAGCUCCAGCACGCUGGAUCACUCAAUAAGCCUCCUCCAGUCUUGCUGAAAGCUAUAUCUCAAAUGGAGAGUGACUACAAGACAGGGAAGAGAGUGGUUAACAAAACAAUACUUGAUGCGCUGCAGAAGAACAAAGAGAUGAAAGAAGAGUUUUCACGACCAAAAUAUGACUGGCUAUUCCACCAGACAUACGACCAUGCGAGAAAAGAACCCAACUGCUCGACAUGUGAUCCGGAUUAUCUAAUUGCUUCUGGAGAUCAGGUUAUGAAAGAUGCCAAGACCCGAGAUUCCCUUGCUCAAGAAUUUGACAUUCUCUGCUUUGAAAUGGAAGCAGCUGGGCUCAUGGAUGAACUUCCAUCUCUUGUCGUACGAGGGAUCUGUGAUUACUGCGAUUCUUACAAACAGAAGCAGUGGCAGGGACAUGCAGUGGUUGCUGCUACUGCCUAUGCUAAGGCUCUCCUGUCGGUGGUUCCUAUCAACCAUGACAGAAACAAUCCGAGUGACCCUAGGGAAAUGCUUUGGAUGGUUCCGUUUAGGAAGAACCCACGAUUUAUAGGUCGCGUAUUGGAAAUCAAGGAAAUAGAAGAAUUAAUCAUGCAACCACAUGUACCGUCCAAAAUCGCUGUCUGUGGGCUGGGUGGAGUUGGGAGGACCCAAAUAGCCCUGGAGUUGGCCUACCGUAUGCGAGACAAAUACUCGGUUUACUAG